GAUAUUUAAUAUAUUUCAAAAACACCACUGCAUCGAUAAUUUGUGUUAUCGAUGUUUUACCACCUCUACUAAACAACAGCCGGCUUGUAUUUGCUAAAUAAAAAAGGCUCUUCAAGAUGAUUACCGACGUGCAAUUGGCCAUUUUCUCGAACGUGUUGGGUGUGUUUCUGUUCCUGCUGGUUGUCGCCUACCAUUAUAUUAAUGCCAACACCGGCAAGUCGAGCAUUAAAACCAAAUGAUCUUUAAGGUUUCCACAAAUUAAUUAAUCCAUCUAUCAUAUAGAGAAACGACAUUCGAGUAAAAGUAAUAAAAAUGGUAUAUUCAAAUUAA